AUGACGAAAUCGAAUAAUGAUGCUACUGCCAAUGGUAGUAGCGACACACCUGCAAACCACACGGAACUGAGACAGUUCGAAUGGAUCCCCACUGAUAGAUUGAUUCCAGGGACUGUUGCCCGAGCGUUUCUUCCAUUAAAGAAGUGUCCAGAGCUAGUAUUGAAAUCAUCGGAUUAUGUUGAUCUGUAUCCUGGCGAUGAAGUUUUUGUUAUGGAACAGACCAAGGAUGGAAAAUGGUGCCGUGGUUAUGUUAGCAAUGAUUUAAUGCCAAUCGACUUCAUGAGCAAUAUGGGAUCUGUUACUGACAAUUUACCGAAACAGAAAAUUCAACGAGUGAUUUUCCCCAGACGAUUUGUUCAUUUGGAUUUUGACGAGCAGAUCGAGAACUAUGCAUUCUUGAGGUUCCCCACUGGUACUGAAUUAGAGCAACAGGAUGGUCGACUCAAAAAACUACCGAGUUUGUAUCAAUUAAUGCGUGCUUCGAAAGUUUCAAGAGAAACUCCACCUCCAUAUCCAUUUUUCGUUGCAAACGGAUAUGCGCUAAAUCGUGAAAUCUUGUUAAAUUUAUUCACAUUAACAAAACAUAUUUAUUAUCUUUACUCAUUUGGUGAGUUUGAAAUCGUGGAUCAGAUGGUCGACUUAUACUACAAGUUAGAUGCAGUCAGAAUUCAACUUCAAGCAAAUUUUAUGGCCACUAACGAAAGAUCAUUGAUCAUGAAAAAGGCUACUGCCUUGAUGAGCAUAUUUUCAAAGUUCAUCGCAUCACAUUCAGUGACGAAAAAAAUCGGCUCAUUGCAGAAAAGGAACAGGAUUGAUCCGUUCGGGUUCGAGUCAAUCUUGACUCGCGACCAGGCUACAGGUAAGCUUUUGACGGAUUCUGUAUCUCCUCAAUUAAUGGCCACAAGUACGUCGUUAUAUGCCAUGACAACAAAUUAUCCAGUCUCCAAUGCAAACGAUUUAAAAUUGAAGCCGGACGAAAAUACCAAAUUUAAAUCGUUCCCACCUUCACAAAUUUUGGUUGAUUGUCAAGAGAUUAUCGGUACAUUAGUUUCUGAUCAACACGCAGAAGCCUUAACCGCCUAUUUAUAUCUAAGGACUGCCAAAGAAGUACUUACCGAACCAUUUCUUAUUGAUUUGAAGAAGAAUAACCAGAAAUCUAUGGAUAAUGUAUCUGCUGCUCUCUUUAGAAACUUGCCCUAUAAUAUCGGUGAAAACAACAGAGUAUAUUUAGUGGUUGAAAUAGUUGAGACUAUCAAGGUGGUUAUCGAUGAAGAUGUUGAUCAAAAAUUUGUAAAACCUUUCGUUCCCUUUGCUGCUUCGGCAGACGAUAUCACUGGGUCUAUCCGUAGAGGUGUCGUGGCUGGUGCCACGGAUAUUUCUCGCGUGUUCUCAAAAGAAAAGGGUUCAUUGGCAUCAGGUCAUGCUUAUAACUUUAAGGUCGAGCUUUUUGCCUCGUUCUAUACAGAUUCUAAAUCUGAGCAGCCACCAAUUCCAGCUGCUACACUGACUGACCCUGCAAAAUUGGCAAAAUUAAUGAAAGCCAAAAGCAACGUUUCCACGAAGAACAAUGGCUGGGGUGAUCUCAUCGAUAGAAUUAUCAAUGACUCUCACACGGGUAUUGCUGUUACUGGUCAAAUGGAAAGUUUAGUUGUUUCAGUGAAAGAAAUAAAGGAAGAUUGUAAAUUUCUACAGACCAACUCUGAUAACGCAAUGGCCAUCACGGCUGUGAAUCCUAUCUUUUAUGAUACUCUUGAACAAAAACAAACCGAUAGAAUAUACUUAACGCUGGACAAAGUAUCAAUUUGUGGGCUUGAAAAUAAAAAGAGCAAUGUUUCCAACAUUACUAUUCAGAUUUCUUCCAAUAACGACAAAAUAACAUUCCGACCAAGUUCUGUUACUCAUUCUUAUAAAAAAUGGGCCUUCAUUACUGUCAGACCCGGGGAGCUGGUAAAUGAGACUAUCAGAAUUGACGGCAUAGAUUCAAUGACGAAAGAAGAAACUUUGAGAGUGUCUGCUUACUUAAAUGGUCGUUUGUUUGCAAAGUCAAGAUUUUACGUUAAGAAGGGGCUCCAAAUCUUGGAGUACAAGAAGAAAUCUGUCUUCCAAUUGAUUUCAAGUUUAGGUAAACCACUAGUUGAAAUAGAGGUUGGAACAAGGUACGUGGGUAACAACUACAACAUGGACAGAACCGUCCAUAGUUUACUGUCCUUAUUGAGGAAACAUCAAAUUACAGAAAACGACUUCGAGCAAAAAAGUUUGGAAGCUUUGAAAUCGUUAAAGAUGGUUUCCAUUAAACAAAUCACCAAGUAUUUUAACCCAAUCCUUCUAUCUCUCUUGGAGUUGCUUUACUAUACGUGUUACAGGCACGCAGCCAGAUCAUCCGAAGCUUUGAAAAAAGCAGUUUUCAGUUCACUAGUGCAAUUUUUAGAUAUGAAUAUCGCUCGCCAUGACAACUACAAGCAUUUGUUCAACGAUUUCUUUGAAGAAGUAGAAAGGGAGAACUCCAAUUAUCUGCCGGAGUUAGGCCCAAUUUUGGUAAGAUUGAUGUCAGAACAGUUUUCUUCUUCAGCUAACAGUUGGAGUUAUGUGGGUAGGGCUCUGUGUCGAUCGUAUAUUUUACUUUUGAAGUUGGGACGGUUAUUUUCUAAAGAUAUAGUCGGAUAUCAUCAAGCUGUCGACGAGUUUUUCAACAGUCUUAGUAUCUUUUUUAGAGUAACAAAUGAUUCUGUGCUCGUGGACCAAGUGACUAUUCUUGAAACUUAUGAUUUAGCGAUUAACGAGACCUCAGCAAUUUUCGAUGAUCCUCAUUUAAUUCAACUCGUUCUUCUGUUGUUCAAUGCUUGUCAAGAAAAAGAAAAUAGCAUAGAAUUCUCACAAGAUGAUUUAUCCACAAAGGAAAAGAAUUUUGUAAAUGCAAAAUAUCUCUUGCUAAGAAGAAUUCUCCAGAACCCGGAGUUAGCUCCAUUCUUCAAGGAUCCAGCGGAAAAUCCUUUAAGAACUAAAUUCUUAGGCCAAGUUAUUGAAUGGUGUUUCAAGCCAUUCAUCAAAGAGAAAGGCUGCGUUCCAAAUUUGACGACUGCAAGUUACGCUAACGGUGUUCUGAUUACAAUUAUAGAGCAAGCACAGGACACAGUUUUCAAAAGGAAUCUGAUUAGAUUAUUGCCGAUUUUUUGCCGGAUAUUCCUCUUCCUACGAAGUGCCUGUGAGAAAGAAGACUGUUUCAAAUUCAAAAGAGUAUUUGCCCCUCUAUUCCCUACAGUGACACCUCUUCCGGAAAUAACAGUAGAUUCUAUGGUGACUGAUGAAGUGUUUGUUGGUGUUUUACUCGAGACUGCAACUAUUAUUAUUGCUUUGACUAAAAUUGUCGAGCAGCAAUACGAUUCUCAUGGUUCUUUUAUAAAAGCCAUUGAAGCAUGUCGGGAGGAUGAAGACUUCCAAUCUCCUUAUUACGUCACAAAAAUAGUACGGGAAGACCUGGCAACCAUAUUUGUUACCAUUCAUCGUUUGAUAAAGGGAGAUUUCUUCCCUUCAAAAAAAUGGUUUACUAUGACGGCAGCUAUAAUGCGCGCUUGUAUGACACUAUCUGAAAUGUGCCUGGAUGUUUUCAAGCUUUACUACGUUCCUGACGAACAGUGUACCUUAGAGACCUUCGAUGCAGAGCUUUGGGGUAGAUAUUUCAAACUUGUCUUGUGUAUUGCUAACCAUAAGACUGUUAACUCUACUCCUCUAGCACCUUUGCCGAGGAAAGCUGUGUAUUUGGUGACCGGAGACUUGAUUGGCCGAGCAUCGUACAUACUCGAGCAAAUCUGGGACAUUUUGGGUGACAAUUGUAUUGGUACCGAUCUUGAUAAUAAGUAUGGUAUUCUAAGAUCUUCGGUGUAUCAAAUGACAUUUUUGACUGCAGCUAUGGAUAUAGUUACAGACUUCUGUGCGUUUUCAUUCUUACGUCAUGUAGAUGCAAGAAGGGUAGGUAGUAAAAUCAUUUGGGUUGUACUAAUUUUGGUUUGGACGAACGAAAAUUCAUUAACCACAGCUAUUGAAGAGCUAACUCCUCAAUUUUUCAAUGCAUACCAGAAGGGUGCAUUGAGACCAACCGUAUUCGAAGUGGAGAUAUUUUUGGACACUUUGUUGCAUGUUAUUCAUCUCGAUACCGAGGACAGCAUUAAGGACACUCUUUUCAAUUAUGUUCGUUUCUUGAAGGAGUUUCUACUCUCGUUGGCUGAAACAGAGGAUAUUCCAUCCGGUGAAGAAUUUGAUGAUGACAGAACUGCCAGCCAAUUACGAAUCUUUGGCUACCUAAUGUCCAUGAAGAGACCUGAAAUGUUGCACACCUUGGUUAAUGACUUAUUUAUUAAUCACAUGAGAAGGAAGGAUUACAUACAAGCCGCAUUAUCCCUAGAAUUAUUAGCGUUGACUUAUGAAUGGAAUCCAAAUGAUAGCCUUCCAGCAACCAAGUAUCCACCUUUACCCGAACAGUCUUCAUUUGAACGUAGAGAAUACCUCUACAAGGAAGCAGCUAGAAAUUUCACCAAGGGUUUGAAAUUAGAAAAGGCAUUGACAGUAUACAAAGAUUUGGCUGACGCAUACGAUAAGAUUAACUACGAUUUAGAUGGAUUAUCCUACGUUCACGGUCAAAUCUCAAACAUCUACACCGAUUUGCAAAACGUGGACAGAUUGGUACCGAACUAUUUCAAAGUCUCCUUCUACGGGUACGGUUUCCCCAAGAACCUGAGAGGAAAGACGUUCGUGUUCGAGGGAUUACCGUUUGAACAUAUCACAUCCGUGCAUAACAGACUGUUAAAAUUGUAUCCCGGUUCAAAACUAGUGAACAGUUUUACUGAAGCGGAUAAGUUAUUGGUAUCGCCACCGAAUGGUAAAUUCAUCCACGUUAUCAGUGUGGAACCAAGGUUGCAAAUAUCAGACGAGUAUGCCACCAGUGACAAGAAGAAUGACAAUAACAAGGUCAGAUUGUACGUAGAAAACAGGGAUUUGAAAACGUUUAGCAGUUCUAGAAGAGUUGCUGGGACACACGGAAUCACUGAUCUAUGGGUAAUAGAGUAUAUUUUUGAAACGAAAUCCACUUUCCCAACAUUAAUGAAUAGAUCCGAAGUUGUGAAAGUCACUGAGAAACGUCUAUCACCAAUCAACAACGCCAUCAAGUCGUUACAACAAAAGAUCCAAGAACUGAGCGGACUUGAAGACAUGUGCUAUAAACUAAUGAAAGAAAACGGCGAUUGUUCUGAAGUAUUUUCAGAACUGUCAAGAAAUAUCACAGGUACCAUUGAUGCACCUAUUAACGGUGGUAUUGCAGAGUAUCGUGUAUUCUAUACGGAUGAAGAAACCAAAUCGAAACUAGAUCCUGCUGAUGUGGAAUUAUUAGUUGCUGCGUUCAACGAAUUGACCAUUGUCCUAAACCGUUGUCUCGCACUACACGGACAGCUGUGUCCAAUCAGCUUAAGCAAGUCACAUACGCUUUUGAAGGACUUAUUCGCCAAGAAUUUCGAAAAAGAGAUCAAAGUUAGCGGAAUCGAUAUCAACGAGACCAACGACGAAAUAAUCGCAAGAAUAAAAUCAAUCCAGUCAUCUCAGCAAAGUUUUUCCAAGAGAAGUAGUAUGCUAAUGUCAAGAUCCAUAUUCUCAGAGAGCCACUCUAUCAGAUCUGCUGGAAGUAACGGAAGUGCAACAAAAAACAGUAUGCAUGAUCUCACCGUUACCUCUUCCCAUAGAACUACAAAAAGCAACGCGCCAUCUCACGCAGCGUCACAUGCUACGAGAAUAUCUCGUCCUACCACACAUAUCAGCAUGCUAAGAAGCACAAGAUAG